UCCACACCAAUAUGAACUCGAAGGUCCUUCUUCUCGUGGCUGUCGUGGCUGUCGCCGCCGCUGACAGGAGACCUUACUCCUACUCCGCCCCCGAGUUUUCCUCUGAGGAAUUCGGCCCCGCCCACUACAACUUCGACUGGGCGGUCCAGCACAGCGACUCCGGCAACAACUUCGGCCACCAGGAGGCCCGCGACGGCGACGACACCCAAGGAUCGUACUUCGUGCAGCUCCCCGACGGCCGCCUGCAGACCGUCAGGUUCGGCGUUCAGGGAGACUCCGGAUUCGUCCCCGAAAUCUCAUACGAAGGAGAGGCUCGUUAUCCUGACUCCUUCGAAUCGUUCGAGUCUCGUGAAUCUCGUGGCUACGCCCCUCCAAGACCCGUGUAUGGUUAGAAUUUGCAAAAGAUUGAAAACCAUUUGCCAGAUCGAUCACUAUCAUUUCGUCAGAUAAUUUAUUUUACACGUGCAAUAUACAGUGUUACCUUUGAUUUUGAAUAAAUCAAGCAUAUAAAGCUAAA